UAUAGCAGUAGCAUGAAUUGCAUCAUGAAAUAAUUCUCCCUCGUCAUUCCGUCACCGUUUCAUAACUCAUUAACUCAAACUCCACCAACAAUGGCGGUGCGACUCUUAACUCGAUUACGCCACCAAUCCACAACCACCCUCCCCUAUUUUCUCGCUCCUCAAUUCUUAAACCCUGGCCGCGAUAUUCUCCGCCAUUUUUCCGAUGUCGCACGACCUCUCGCGAAUGAACUCACUUCCUCAGCAAAACCCCCAACAUUUCCUCGUGACUCUGAAAGUAUCGUCAAUGGUGCUAGGGUUCCAAUCAAGUCUUCCUUGGAUGAGGUUGAGCUUACUAAGUUUUCCGCUGUUGCUGAAACCUGGUGGGAUGCUGAAGGACCAUUCAAACCAUUGCAUGCUUUAAAUCCCACAAGGCUUGCAUUCAUACGUUCCACGCUUUGCCAUCAUUUCAGAAAAGAUCCAGACAGUGCUAGGCCAUUCGAAGGGCUGAAUUUUAUAGAUGUCGGCUGUGGAGGAGGAAUAUUAUCAGAGCCCUUGGCUCGAAUGGGAGCUACAGUGACUGGAGUUGAUGCAGUGGAUAAAAAUAUCAAAAUUGCUCGUCUUCAUGCUGAAUCUGAUCCAGCCACUUCAUCCAUUGAAUAUCUUUGCACAACAGCUGAAAACCUGGUAGAAGAACAGAGACAAUUUGAUGCGGUGCUUGCUUUAGAGGUGAUUGAGCAUGUGGCAGAUCCUGCUGAAUUCUGCAAGUCACUGGCAGCCUUAACUGUUCCCAAUGGAGCAACUGUGAUUUCGACAUUGAAUCGCACUAUGAGAGCUUAUGCUGCUAGCAUCGUGGUUGCAGAAUACAUCCUUCACUGGGUCUUUACCUUGUCUUGGGAUCAAGCUCUUUACAGCCUUAGCUCCCAAAAGGUACGCAUGAAUGGUCAAAGUUUCUUACACCCGAGGAACUCGUGUUGAUCCUUCAACGAACUUCUGUUACUGUCCAAGAGAUGGCUGGUUUUGUGUACAAUCCUUUGUCUGGCAAAUGGCUUUUAUCUGAUGAUAUAAGUGUAAAUUAUAUUGCAUUUGGAACUAAAAAGUCCGAUGAAUAACGUAGGUUUUUUUAAUUGUUUGUUUAGUUGCCCUUCAAUGGAGCUAAUAAUAAUAGUCAUCGUAGUACUAUAAUUUUGCCCCCUCAAGUUUUCAAGCAUUACAUUCUAUAAUUUAUUAUGUCCUGAGAUACUUGAUUGAAUAUGAAAUACAGGAGGAUUUUUAUAGGUAA